GGCCGACGGGGCCGACCUCAGUUGGCCGCUCGGUUGGCUGGUAUCCAGUGACAUCCAACAAAAUAUCCGUUCUAAAUUGUUAUGAGUGUCGAUCGAAAUGGCGACAGCGGUAUAUCUUGAGCAUUACCUUGACAGCUUGGAAACGCUUCCUGCGGAGUUGCAGAGGAACUUCAAUCUUAUGAGAGACUUGGACACACGAGUGCAGAGAAUAGCAAAAAACAUAGAGAAGCUUACGGGCACCUACCUUACCAAUGUGAAGACCUACACAAAUUGUGAACGGGCAGAGCAGUUAGAGAGCAUAAGGAAGCUCUAUGAAAAGUCAAAGGAAUAUGCAGAUGACAAAGUACAACUUGCAAUGCAGACAUAUGAAAUGGUUGACAAGCACAUCCGUCGUCUCGAUGCGGACCUGGCACGAUUUGAAUCUGAAUUGAAAGUGAAGGUCCUUAAUGCACAGGGCAGCGAUUCAGAAGGUGCAAGUAAAAAAAGAGGUCGUAAGAUGCAAGACAAGUUGGACAAAAAGAAACGAAGAGGAAGGUCAAUGUCGUCCGACGAUGAAAUCCCGAAGUCCGCACGGAAGAAGUUGAAAGGACAGGCAGCACAGCCAACUGAAGUCCCACUGCUGCAGUCAAUUAGCAUCUCUCACCCAUCCGAUGUGCUGGAUAUGCCAGUGGACCCAAAUGAACCCACCUACUGCCUCUGCCACCAGGUGUCCUACGGAGAGAUGAUAGGCUGCGAUAACCCAGAUUGCCCUAUUGAGUGGUUCCACUUCACGUGCGUGGGCCUUACUAGCAAGCCCAAGGGGAAGUGGUACUGUCCAAAGUGCUCCUGUGAUCGUAAAAAGAAGUGAAGGCCCCCUCCAGGUUUUGGACCAGGCGGAUCCUCCAGCGUGCAAAUACACCCCGGGUUUUCGGACCAGCUGUAACGUGUGGGAACGUGGCACUAAUUACGAUCCUUCUACUGUAUGUUAUGUAAAUUAUCACGUUCAUGCUUCAGCGAAACCACUAAGUCAUCAUCAUCAUCGUCACCCUUCUUGCUAAUUAUACGAUACUGUUUUACCGUCCCCGUGUUGUGGAGUGACCUGCGAGAAAAUGUGUCGCAUUGCAAUUUUUUUUUUCUUGCUUGGUGAAACGUCACUCUGGAUUUUUGAAAACUUUUUAUCGUUCAGGAAAGUAAUCAGAAUGAGCCGCUCUGGUUUCUGAACCGUUUGUAAAGUUCUUACCUGGACACCUUGUAUAAUGAAUAAGUUGAUAAGUAAAUCUUUAAAAAAAUAAAUUAUAAUGAAAUAAUUCUGCUUUGAGGCUUUUCAGCUUUACAAAACAUGGAGGGUUAUCAUAUCUAUCUAUCUGUUCUAAACUAAUCUAAUGGCUAAGCAUGGGAGCACCUUCUUGUUCUCGAUAAAUCCAGGCAUUUGGAACGCAUUUGUGGAAAAAUUACUUCUGGUAAACUCUGGCCAUCAUGCACAUUGUAAUGCGGCUUUUGUAGUCAGGUAAGAUGGUUGUCGAGACAAUUUCUUUGGAGGAGUCUAAUAGGAUGACACCAGUGAGGAUAUAAACAAAGGGCAGGAUAGUUAUCGUUUCUGACCAGAAGAACUCUCGCCUCAUCACCCUGUAUUAAAACAUGAUGUCAUUAAUAUCAAAUGAUGUCUCCAAUGCUUCUUGUAGCUGUCAUUUUGAAGAUGAUGAUGUCACAGACAGCUGACAAUGAAAGUUUUUCAUCCAGUGCACCAGAAUGCUGUUAUGAUGUCGUGGACAUCGGUAAAGAUGAACAGAGGUGCACCAACAAAAGAGUCACAAUUUUAUGAAAUGUGAACUCUGCAUAUACACUACUUACAAGUAACACUGAUGAACUGUGUGUGCUUGUGUGGCUGCUGUGCACGGCAGUUUCUUCCCUGCUUGCUACCAGAAGUGUAGCAAGUGUGUAUUUUACUCAAGAAAUGUGAUCAUUGAACUGUGCAUUCCGACAGACGUACUUCACACGAAAGAACAUGUAAAAAAUAGUUUAUUCUUUUCUUGACUAUUUGCAGUUUAGAAUAAUUUUUUUUCCCCCUUGGAUAAUGUUUUGAUGAAUCUCCAUGAGAUUGCUCAAGACAAAGCGUAUGAAGUACAGUAAUUUCACGCGUAUUAGCCGCGGCCUACUUGCGAUUUUCUCUUUCUCACCGGCGCUCUGCGGCUUAUCCACUGGUGCGGCUUAUCUGAUGACUAUUUUUCCCCGUUAUUUUCCCGAUACGCCAUAUGCCGGUUUUAGCGAAAGACUGACGGUGCCUCUGGAACAGCAACACCGUGCGAAUGCACGAACAAUUUUCUAACAUCGGCGCGUCCACAUUCGACCCAACCCCAAGUAGAUUUAACGAGAGUGGUGACUGUGAUUCGUGUCUUCUGGAAGGCCACUGGUCUGGUCGAACCAUGAAAAACACACAGCAAGGGCACGAUCCCAUCUUGUACUAACCGCACUUGUUGUACACCAUGCCGACCCCGGAAUAUCGAACACGUGGUUUAUGGCCUCCUCUAUGGUCUCCUUUGCGGCUUAUACGCGUGAAAUUACGGUACACCGUGUGCAAUACUAAAUAACAUUGUGCGAUGACAUGUCUUGAACAGUGUUUGUCUUGAUGGACGAGAAUGGAAAUGAUGAGCUUGAUGUUUGUCACUUUAGCGUGUACUUCUUCGUAACCCUGCUGAGCCGUAUAAUGGAAACCACAGCCCAUAUUAAACAGAUGACGAAGCUGUAGGCUCCGAUAACGAAAUAAAGCCCGUCGUACGUCCCGACUUU